AUGGAGAGCGAGUCUCGUGACGGUGGUGCUGUGCGGGACCUCCAGGCUCAGUGGUGGGGGUCCGCUGUCGAGCUAUGUGGGGAGCGGUUCUCACCCGAGGCGCCCGGACUGACCUUCAACCAGAAAUACAAUAGUCGGCUGCCGGUGAGCAGCAGGGUUCCCGGCAAGGAAACAAAAGCUCAUCGUAACUUCAUCGCGCUUGGUGGCAGGAACCAGCCAGCGGGGCGUCCAAUCACUGCCCAAGACCUUGUAAACAGCGCAGUCGAUGCCUCCAACAAAUUUACCACAUCACGGGCUAGCAAGGGCCACCUCGCCAAUCUCUACUAUCAGAUUGUCGACCAGAUCCGCCGCCACUCCAAGGCGAUUGACAUAUUUAUCCAGCAGCAACCCACCGUCUCUGCCGUCGUGUGGGGAGCAAUCCGUGUUCUUCUCGAGACGGUAGUUGACAAGGAGGAAGCCUCUAGAAUUGCCGGAGAGGGCAUCCGCGAGGUAGUCGACCAACUUGCUCGCUGGGACAACGCCGCGGCCAUCUUCCCCACGCACAAGGGAGUCGAGGCGGCCGUGGUCGAUUUGUAUGUCCGCAUUCUCGACUUUCUGGUGCUGGCCAAGGACCACCUCGGAUCAAGUGCCUGGAAACGGCUCGGCGAGUCGGUCAUGCGGUCCAAGAGAGACGAGCUGCAGUCUAACCUGAACCACUUAAAGAAAGCCGGAAAGGCAUUGGAUAUGGAGGUCCAGACAGAGUACGCCAAUACGAGCAGCAGCAAAAAGGACAUAAUGGACGCAAUCGCCGCGCUAGAAGACGAGUCUCGGGAGGCAAUGAGAGAAAUCAUAAUGGGAUACCUCAAGAAAGACGUGAUUGCACCACGCGUCCUCGAUGAAAUCCAACAGUGGCUGCAGCAAUCGACGGCCGAGCACAUUGCCCUACAGGCGGAUGACCCGGUAACAGGGACACAACAAUGGGUGGAAUCCCACCGAGUGUUAUCAACCUGGCUCGAUAGUUCAAGCGAGGAUCUAUUUCUGCUCGUACAGGGUCAGCUAGGCUCUGGCAAGUCCGUGCUUGCGCUCAGCUUGACAAACAAGCUGCGAGGCCGCCCUGACUCGCCGCUGGUCGCACAUUACGAGUUCUCGAGCCGACGCGGGCCCUCGAUGCUAGCGGCAUCACUCCUGUCCCAAGUCCUCCGACGUCCCGAGCUCCAAAGCAGCGACGCGCUCAAGCCCAUCCUCAGCCGGCUCCAAAGUAUCGCAAGCAUCAACACUCAGGGGCCAGACUCGUGCCGUUUUGCCGAAUUGUGGCGUCUCACGACGAGCGCCCUGGCCCUUUUGCGAACGACGCCCCUGUUUGUCUUCGUCGACGGCCUCGACCAGCACCACUUCGACGACAGGUUGCCGGUGCAGAAAUUCUUAGAGAGCCUGAAAGCUCUCUCUCGCUUGCCACACGUCCAAGUGGCGGUAUUCUCGCGGCCGCAGCUCGGGCUCGAGGCCUUCGCGCCGUCGUGUGUGCAACUCGUCCUAACCGAGCAGCUCUUGGCGCCAGACAUUGAGCUCUUCGCGGCCGCCAGGUUCGACAGCCUCGGCAUACCGCCCGAGUUCCGAGACAGGGUCACGGAGCGAAUCCGCCUCGACGCCAAGGGCUCGUUUCUGUGGGUGCGGAUGCUCCUCCUGUACCUGUCGGAGCCGUGUGCCGAGUCCGAGUUCGUAGACAGACUGCGCGGCUGCCCGCCAACCCUCUCGUCCACCUACGACAAGAUGCUGCAGGAUGCCGUCGCGAGGGGCGCCAAGACGCCAGAUGCCAGGCAGAGGUUUGUCGAACUGCGCCGCAGGAUCUUGCUCCUCGUCUGCGAAGCCCGCGAGCCGCUAUUGCUGUCGGAGCUGGGGCGAGCCCUGUCGCUUGGCUCCUACAACGUCGAGAAGGCGGUAAUGGACCACUGCAAGCCCCUGGUGUCGGUCUCAGAGGGGCGCGUGCACCUCUACCACCCGUCUACGCGCGAGUUUCUGACGGACCAGUCGCGGCAGCUCUUCACCGACGGCACCGACACGGUCCUGUUCCCGGCCGCCGAGUCCCACCGGAGCCUCGCGCUGCAGUGCCUGCGGUGCCUGCUCGACCCCGAGUACGCGUCCAGGGGCCGCAUCGGCCAGCUGCUGCACCGCAACUUUGGCAAGGCGCUGCAGGCGAACCGCGCGCCCGACCCCGCGGCCGGGCUGUCGUGGGGAUACGCCGCGCGGCACUGGGACUUCCACCUCGUUGCCGUCGAUGACCCCGACGACGAGCUGCUGCGCGCCGCCGCCAGCUUCCUCCACCAGCCCCAGUUCGCAUACUGGAGCGAGUGGUCGUUUGACUGCGCCGGCAGCGCCUCGCGGGCGUUCGCUGCCGGGAGGACCCUGCAGACCUGGGCCGCGGGCCUGUCGGCGGAGGACCAGGCCCUGCUCAGCCUCGACGGCUACUUCUCACGGCCGUACACGGCGCUGAGCGAGUCUUACCGAGACGCCGAGGCCGAAGACAAGGUGCUACAGUGGCUCGCGCUGAUGCGGCUCGGGCGGUACUACGUCGACAAGGGCGCCAACGACGACGCUGCAGAAAUCCGCAGGCUCGCCAAGGACGGACUCAUCGCAGUCCUAGGCACCAACCAUCCGCUGAGCCUGCAGGCGCGGACCGACUUCACGCUCUCGCUCACCUUUGACGGCCGCUACGAGGAGGCCUACGCCGAGUUCAAGACCAUCGUCGCCAUCGAAGACGAGAACUACGGCACGCGCAGCAGGGAGCUGUACCGCACGCUGCUGGCGCUGGGCGAGACGGAACUGUACCUGACGCGGUUCCGCGAGUCGCUGGAGACGCAGGCCCGCGCGGCGACGGGCUUCCUCAAGUUCUAUACCCAAAACGACAAGGAGUACCUCAGCGCGCGCAUGUGGUACUGCUACCCGCUGAUCGAGCUCGGCCGGCUAGACGAGGCGCUCGAGAUCCUAGCCGCCAUCGUGCAGAAGCGCACCGAGGGCUACGGCGCCGACGACCUGUUCGCCGCGUCGGCGCGCUUCUCCGUCGGCGUGGUCCAGCGCAAGCAGCGCAACCCCGCCGCCGUCGGCAACCUGGGGGACGCGCUGCGCGUGCGCCGGCUGUGGGUCGGCCUGGCCAGCGUGUGGGCGCUCGACUUCGCCAUCGAGCUGCUGGUGGCGUACCGCGACUUUGGCGACACGACCAAGGCGGCCGACCUCCUCGCCGAGCUGGACGACGCAGCCGCCGACGCGGGGGGGCUGCCGUUCAACCGGACGUGCCAGGUGGAGCACGUGCGCGAGCUGCUGCAGUGGGACGGCGGGCGGCGGGACGCGGCCAUCGGCGCGCUGCAGGGCGUGCUCAUCGGCGCCGACCGCGGCCAGUACAACCGCGCGCUGCUGUGGGUGGCUCUGGACCUGGCGGGCAUGCUACGCGCGCGCGGCGGCGAUGGCGACGCGCACCAGGCCGAGGCCAUCUUCAACCACAUCCUCGUCGACCGCCGCGAGACGUCGCACCUCGUCGUUAUUGCUGCUGCGCAGCAGGGAGAUGUCGCCGGCAGCAAGCCCGGGAGCAGCGACGAUGCAAGGCCGCUCGCUCCGCGCGUGCUCACGGCCGUAGCGGGACGGGCGUUGGCGCUGGUCUGGCCGCCGAGUACGGCGACGGGGGACCCGCAAGACUGCGAGCGGCCGCGCCGUGUUAGCGGCGGCGACGGCGACGACGGCGAUCUGGAACCAGACCCGCCGCGCCUUCUCCGGCUUGCCGAGAGGGCUUUGACUCUGGUGAGGAACCGCCGGUUCGACGAGGUCAACGAGCUGAUGACGGCAGAACAAGUCGCGUGGUCGUGUCCGGAGGAUCUGUGGCUGUGGUCGGGCAGCCCAGCCGCUGACACUACGUGGAUGAAGCCGCCCGAGGGAGUGGAACCAGCGGUGCCAGGGAGUAAUUGA